AAUGGAUUGAGAUAGCUGAUUGGUGAAUAAACCAUUGGAGAGGAUUGAAUAUAGUGUGCUAUAUAUAAUCCAGCUAAUUACAAUAUACGCGUCUAUGAUUCUUUAGCAUCAAAAUUGCUAGAUUUACUCUUUUUGAUAUUAUUAUUUGUGUGAACAUUAUAUAACCUCCUACUGUCGGUGUGCAUGUGCUUCACCGCUCAAUCCUCUCUCUCUCUUUUUCUCUUCAAAAUCUUCUUUUUUUCCUAAACAAGUCCAACACACUUGUUCCUUCCUUCUCCAAUUCAAUAACCCCUUUUCUUUCUUUCUGAGAUGAGUUUGAGCAAUGGUAAAAAUGAAUCUCCAUUACCAACUAGUAAUGGUAAUGGAGUAGCUGCUGCUGCUGAGAAUGAGAAUUCAAAGAAACCAUUCAAGAUCUUUGUAGGUUAUGAUCCACGCGAAGACAUUGCGUUUCAGGUAUGUCGCCAUUCAAUCAUCAAAAGGUCUUCAAUUCCUGUUGAGAUCAUACCAAUUAAGCAAUCAGAUCUGAGAAAAAGUGGUCUUUACUGGCGUGAGAGAGGCCAAUUUGAGAGCACUGAGUUCUCUUUUUCAAGAUUCUUAACACCUAAUUUAGCAAAUUAUCAAGGUUGGGCUAUGUUUGUGGAUUGUGAUUUUCUCUAUUUAGCUGAUAUUAAGGAAUUGGUAGAUUUAAUUGAAGAUAAGUAUGCUAUUAUGUGUGUUCAACAUGAUUAUACUCCAAAAGAGACAACAAAAAUGGAUGGUGCUGUUCAAACUGUGUACCCUAGAAAGAAUUGGUCUUCAAUGGUGUUGUAUAACUGUGGUCAUCCUAAGAACAAGGUUCUUACUCCUGAUACUGUGAAUACACAAACUGGUGCUUAUCUUCAUAGGUUUCAAUGGCUUGAGGAUGAUGAUAUUGGUUCUGUCCCUUUUGUUUGGAAUUUUCUUGAAGGCCAUAACAAGGUUGUUGAAAAUGAUUCAACUACUUUACCUAAGGCCGUUCAUUAUACUCGUGGAGGGCCUUGGUUCGAGGCUUGGAAGAAUUGCGAAUUUGCUGAUCUAUGGCUUAAUGAGAAGGAAGAGUACCUUAAUCAAGCCAAAAAAGAACAAUCUAAUUAGAGAUUGAAGAUGAUCUAUGGCUGAUCUAUGUUGUAGGAUUGAUAUCUGUUUAGAGUCAAUCAAUUAUGGCUACGUAUUAUUCUUUCUUUUGAAUUUGUUAUCGUGUUAAGUAUGCAUCUGAUGAUGCUAGUUCAUAUCUUCUUAUGUAGUUAGUAUUCUUUACAGUACUACAUUAUAUUACUUUGGCAUUUUAGAGUGAGUAAAUGCCAUUCAUGAUGUAUUUGAUUUUUUAUUUGUUUAAUGACCUCUGUAGGCUCUAACAAGAGGUCAAAGUAUAACUUUGUAUUGAGUAUUUGAAUCAACAAGGCUUUAAUCAUAAGAUAAGAGAUGAACUUCAA